CAGAGUUAAGAACGAGCAAACUCCUCGUUCUGCCAUUACUCUUCGAAAUUCAAAUUCGAAACGGAAGCAAAUCGAAUUGAUUUUGUAGGAAGAUGGAGCAGAUGCAAUCGCAAGCUAUGGAACACUUCGUGAUUAAAACCAUUUCUUCCUUCAGCGCUAACGUCCUAGCUUCCGUUCUUGUAGAAGCCACUUCUCACCGCAACCUCUUCAUUUUCUCAGAUUUUUUCUCCCUCUCAUCUCUUCAGCAGCUUAAAGCAACUGAGAACUGUGUUUAUCUUGAUAUGCUUCAGUUGUUUGCAUAUGGAACAUGGAGUGAUUACAAGAAUAAUGCUGGUCGUCUUCCGCAAUUGAUGCCUGAUCAGAUCCUCAAGCUUAAGCAACUCACUGUUCUUACACUGGCUAGCACGUACGAGGUACUACCGUAUGACCAACUGAUGCAGGAGUUAGAUGUGACAAAUGUUAGUGAACUUCAAGAUUUUCUGAUUGAUGAAUGCAUGUACUCGGGACUAGUAAGAGGAAAGCUGGAUCAUCUGCGACAAUGCUUUGUGGUCCAGUUUGCAGCAUGUAGAGACUUGAGUCCUGCUAACCUUGGGAGUAUGAUACAGACACUCUCCAACUGGUUGUCUGCAUCAGAAAUUCUUCUUGUUGUACUUCAAGAGGAAAUAAUAUUGACUGAUGCUAGGGAUGAAAUUGAGAAACUGAAAAAGAAGUGUGUGGAACAGAAUCUACAAGAAGUAAAGAAUAAUCUUGUAAAGGCCGGUGUUGAUAUUUGGAACCAAGAGGAUAAUGAAGGUCGCUGCCGACAGCCGAAGAGGAAGCGGCAUAUAACGUUUUGAACAUUGCAAUGGUUGAAGACGUUAAUUGGAUUGGUGUUUUAGUAGCUUGCCUGACUUUUAUUCUUGGCAAGGCUCAACUCACAGUAUAUCUUUUAGAGACAAGUAUAUCUCAUCGAUAUUGAACUUGUCUAUCACACCACAAUAAGAGGCAAGAACAACGGAAAACCUGUUAUUUCUGCAGUUUUUUUUUUUAAAACUUAUUGAGCCAUUAUAGUUGUCAUACAGAUGUAUGGUGGUGUGGCCUUUUAUUUGUGUUUGUAAAUGAUACGUUGGUUUUGUUUGUACU